AUGCGAUCUCGUCUAUCCCCUACUCGGAUCCUAGGCGCAAGUCUGAUUGCGACAGGGCAUCUGGCCAGCGCAUUAUCACCACGCACGGAAAUUGACGACUCCUAUGACUUUGUGAUUGUGGGAGGAGGCCAGGCUGGUCUGGUGCUGGGCGCUCGUCUAUCGGAGGAUUCAAAUCAUACCGUGCUAGUGCUGGAGUCGGGCGGGGAUGGAGAUGAGUACCGAAAGCGAAUUGAUACACCUGCAUAUGCAUAUUUUGAUUCCCUUUGGACGACACCAUUGAAUUGGGCAUUUAGCACCGUCGCCCAGCCUCAUGCGGAUAACCGCGAGAUUGUUUGGCCCCGUGGCAAAGUGCUUGGAGGGAGCUCGGCGAUUAACGGGCUGUACAUGACCCGUCCGGGUAAAGAUGAGAUCAAUGCUUGGAAAGACAUGCUUGGGGAUAUGGACGGUGCCGAUCAUUGGGGAUGGGACUCAUUCUACGCUGCUUUGAGGAAAAGCGAAACAUUCACGCCUCCAACGGAUCAUGUAAUUGACGAGGCCGGGAUCAAAUGGAAUGCUUCCGAUCAUGGCACAAAAGGGCCGAUCCACACAACAUAUCCUGACUACACUUUCUCUCAGGUUGGCCAAUGGUUAACUUCUUUACAGAGCAUUGGCAUUGAUCUCUCUGCUAAUAUGUAUGGUGGUGACAACUGGGGCGCUGAAGUCUCGACCUCCUGUAUCAACCCUUCAAACUGGAUCCGGUCCUACAGUCGUUCUGGAUACCUCGAUCCGCUGCCAAAUCGAAGAAACUAUGAUGUACUGGCAAACGCGCAUGUUACCCGGCUAAUUUUCGACGAUUCCAACUCAGACAGGAAAGAAGCAAAUGCUGUCGAAUAUACAACAGACAGCGGGAAGACAAAAUUGAAGGUCAAGGUUAAGAAGGAAGUCAUCUUAGCCGGUGGCACUAUCGGCAGUCCAGCUGUUCUACUUUACAGUGGUGUUGGUCCCAAGGACGUCCUCUCAGACGCUGGUGUGGACCUGGUGUCCGAACUUCCCGGCGUGGGCCAACAUCUCCAAGAUCAUCUCAGUGCCACCGUGACAUGGGAAACGAAUGAGGACACGGCAGGCUCCAUUUUCUACGAUGGGGGCAGCGACAGGAAUGAUCCGAGAUUCCUUACAUACAUCGAUUCCGCCGUUGCCUAUGUAAACUCCACCGCAAUUUACGGCAGCAAGGUUAGUGAAUACGAGUCGAAGUUUAGUGCCAAAAUUGAUGAAUAUGCACCACACACGACAUACGACGAGGGCGUCACCGCGGGCUAUAAAGCCAUCUACAACACAACGCUGUCGAAGAUCUUCAACAGUCCCAUUGGGCAAAUCGAGCUCCUCUUCAUGAACAGCGAUGGAAAAGGCGCAGUUGGCAUCACAGCUGCUCUACAACACCCCCUCAGCCACGGCCGAAUCUACAUCAAUUCCUCUGACCCAAUGAAGUACCCCGUCAUUGACCCAAACUAUCUGGCAAACCCAGCCGACGCCGAACUCCUCCUCGAAGGCAUAAAGCUAGCCCGCAAAGCCGGAGAAGCCAGCCCAUUGAGCAAAACCCUCACCAAGGAAACCGCACCAGGCUCGCAUGUCCAGAGUGACGCCGACUGGUUGCAAUGGCUGCGCGAGGAGGCUAGCACGGAAUUCCACCCCUCCUCCACAUGCGCUAUGCUACCCAGGGAAAAUGGUGGCGUAGUUGACGCCAAUCUACGCGUAUUCGGACUUGCCAAUGUGCGCGUUGCAGACGCGAGCAUCGUUCCCAUCUCCCUAUCCACGCAUCUGAUGUCCUCGACUUACGGCGUUGCCGAGCAAGCGAGUGAUAUUAUCCGCGAAUACUACAAGAACAAGCCGUCUGGAACAAAAUCGGCUUUUAGCUCGUCAGAUCCAACGGCUGCUGCUAGUGCACUUUCAGUGAAGAAGAGUGGUACCGCGAGAUCGAACGACAGUUCUGUUGGCAAGGGUAGGGCGCCUUUGUCGCUUGGGUGGUCUGUAGUUCCUCUUUUUGUGUAUUGCGUUAUUGCUUUUGGUCUAUUCUUGUAA